UAGGGCUGAAUAACGGCCCCAAAAAGGGCAAAAUAACCCCACUCUCUAUGCAAGGUGAGGUGGUCAAACUUCAGAACCACCUUCGUCUGCUACGAGAGGAGUAUGUCAAGCUACAGAAGCGUCUGGCUGAGACAGAGCGCAAGUACCAGGUGCUUGCCGCCUCCGCAGGCCAGGGCGGCGACAACAAUUUUGUCAAUCGCCUCCUCAACACUGUCGCUGAACUGUUUGAUAAGGAACUGUACAGUGACCUAGUUAUUCACCUAGAGGGAGGUCAGAGUGUCCAUGGUCACAGGUUUGUGUUGGCCGCCCGCAGUGACCACUGGGGUGUGGAAGACCUGGCACGGGUAACAGAGCUUAACAUCACAGACAUUCAAUACAAGGUCUCGUACGCCUUGAUGAAGUGGGUUUACACAGAUGAAAUCAACAUAGAAUCAGACAGUGGCUUCCUUCUUGAACUUCUACGCGCGGCCACUCGAUUCAAACUGGAACAUCUGAGACAGAGGUGUGAGAAUGGUCUGAUGUCGUAUGUAAACAUGAAAAAUUGUAUCAAGUUUUACCAGACUGCCGAGGAAAUGAACGCGGAACUCCUCAAGGCUCAUUGUUCGCAACUUAUCUCAAACCACUGGAGUGACUUCACAUGCGAGGAUUUUGCCUCCAUGCCAGCACCAUUGCUAUAUAACAUGUUCAAGGCGAAGACAGACUACCCUCUGCACACAGCUAUACGAGCAAAGAGGGAGGAUGUUGUUUUCCUCUACCUUAUAGAGUAUGACUCGCAGUUAUCAGCGAAGCUUAACGAGGUUGACAGUCAGGGUGACCUGCCCUUGGAUUUGGCCUUAGAUAGUCGGCAAGAGUCAGUAGCACAGACGUUGGUCAGCCAUCAUGUUAACACCAGCAGCAAAGAUAACACAGGGAAAAGUCUUUUACAUAAGGCCAUCAAACGGGGUGAUGAGUUUUCGGCUAGUUUCCUCAUAAAAAACAAAGCGGAUGUAAACAUGACUACCCACUUAGACAAAGAGAGCCCAUUGCACAUGGCAGCAAGUUUCAGCCCGGGUGUAACAAGCUCAGAGGUGCUGGCUGGCAUGGCGAGAAUCACAGAGCAGCUUGUAAACAACAACGCUCAAGUGAACGCCCAGGACACAGCUGGCAGCACACCCCUACAUAAUGCAAUCUUCUGCAAGAACCGGCCCGUCUUUGAGGUGCUCCUGCAUCAGGGAAAGCCUGACCUGGAGCUUAAAAACGCGGACGGUCAUACUGUAUUAUGGCUCUCCCUAGAGGAGGGUGAAAGUGUGGAUGGUGAUACAGGUGAUUUAUAUGGAGAGGAUAGUUUUGCUGCACAGCUGCUUCGACACGGUAGUAACCCGAACGCUACGGAGCCUGAUUCUGGUGACUCGGUGUUACACAGUGCAGCGUGGGCAAGUAACGAAAAGGCGGCAAUAUUCCUCGCCACACACGGAGCACGACCAAACCUUGCUAAUAAUAAGGGUGAGACACCGCUGCACAUAGCCUGCGAAAAAGGUUUAACAGAACUCGUCAAAAUUUUGUUGGACAAGGGAGGCAACCCGAAUGCCCAGACUAAGAAAGUAGAGUCAAGCAUGAGUGGUCUCCCUUCGGAGUUCUUGCCGGAAGGGGAAACAACUCCAGUCUCCCAGCAGACGCCACUCCAUCUCGCUCUUCUUAAUGGCCAUAGUGAUAUUGUUAAUGUGUUCUUACAGUUUAAAUUGGAGGCAGCUCAGAGCACAGAAAACAACAAGAUUAUACCCAACUUCAAUGUGAAGGACUCGGAAGGUCAGACUGUCCUUGGUCUUGCCCUCUGGAGCCAUGUGUACGAGGAGGCAGGGCGACUGCUGGGUGCCGGAGCGAACAUCAACGAGCGCAACACAGAGGGGAUGUCACUCCUUCAUCAGGCUAUCGAGAAGCAGGACAUCUCCGGUGCUCUCUUUCUAAUCGAACAUCAGGCAGACAUUGCUCUUAAAACAACAGAGAACCAGACGCCCUUGCAGCAUGCGAUAGAGCGCCACUUACCUGUGGUGGUGGAGGUGUUGUGUCAACGAGGAGUGGAUAUGAACAUCACAGACGAUAAAGGCAACUGUCCCCUCUGGCAGGCAUUGGAUUCAGGCCAGGAGGACAUCGCCCACACCCUUGUGAAGCAUGGUUGUGAUGUGGAUCUAUGGUUACCGGGGCCUGGCGACUGUCGACAGUCGCUGUUGCAUCGUGCCAUUGAUGAAAACAACGAGUCUGUAGCAUGUUUCCUCAUCAGGAGCAAUUGUGAUAAAAACAGCCCUCGACGCCCGGGACCAAACGGGGAGGGUGGAGAGGAAGCUCGGGAUGGGUCUACCCCCCUACACCAGGCAUGUGCCUGGGGAAUGGAGCUUGUUGUUCAGGCCCUAAUGGAGGCCGGGGCAGAGGUUAACACACAGGACAUAGAUGCAAAGACACCAGUUCAUAUAGCAAUCGAGAACCAACAUGCCGUGAUUAUUUCCCUUCUUCUAUCUCACCCGGGGCUUGACCUGACAGUGCGCGACAAGAAUGGGCUCACCCCCUUCGCUGCUGCCAUGACAACUAGGAACAACAAGGCAGCACAGUCUAUACUGAAUAGGGAACCUAGGGCUGCAGAACAGGUUGAUAACCGAGGCAGGAACUUCCUUCAUAUAGCAAUAUUGAACAAGGACAUAGAGAGCGUGUUAUUUCUCAUUAGUGUACAUGCGAACGUUACUUCACGAGUGCAGGACUCUAAACAUCUCGCCCCGCUACAUAUGGCCGUUGAUGUUGGAUCUGAGAUAAUUGUUCGAAAUCUGCUUCUAGCAGGUGCGGAGGUAAAUGCCCUUACAAAUCAGAAGCAGACAUCUCUGCACAUUGCUUCCAGCAAAGAUCACAGUGUCAUCUGUACAAUCCUACUAGAGAAUGGGGUGGACUUUGAUGCACUCGAUGAAAACCAUGACAAUGCCCUGCACCUCGCUGUGAAGAGUGGGAACCUGAACAGUGUGCGAGUGUUGCUGACCGAGUCCAGUAUCAACGCUGAGGCCGUCAACGCAAAGGGUCAGAAUCCGCUUCAUGUCUUGGCAGCGUAUGGGAAGGACAACGCGGCUGCCAUAUUUGAGUUGUUUCGGGAAAGUAUGCCGGAGUAUCCCAUUGCCAAGGUGGAUGCAGAUUGCAGCACUGCACUAUUACUGGCCUAUAUGAAUGGUAAUGGUAACCUGUGUCGAGCCCUGGUGCGGGCUGGUUCCCCCCUAGGAGAGGUCAACAAGCAUGGACUCAGUGUGUUUAACGCCCCUGUCGCUACCAGACAGCUGCUAUUUAAACUGUUGGACAUGUUGGCUAAGGAGCCUCCAUGGAGUGAUGGUGAAACUUGUCUGGAAUGUAACAUCAAGUUCAGCAUCAAAACAAGGAGACAUCAUUGCCGACACUGUGGAAGGCUAUUGUGUUCAAAGUGUUCAGCAAAAGACAUGCCUAUUAUUAAAUACAACCUCCCUAAGCCAGUCCGAGUCUGUGACGUUUGUUUUGAUGUUCUCUCGCUGGGAGGGACGUUCUGACACAAGUGUUUAGUUUUAGUUGGACUGGCUUACAACUUGCCCCUAAGCUUUUUUUCUGCCAUAUGGAGCAAAUGGUUCAGUGUUUGGUAACCCUCACUAUAAAACAAUACGAUCAUCGCAGCAGCUUGAAGUUCAGUGGCUGGUUAGAUGUUGUCUGUGCCUAAAGAAAUACCCAGAGCUAUGGGUCUAAGAGCUCCAAAGUUUACGGAACUGUAUGGGUCUUCAGAGUUUUCUUUGGAUCUAUGCAUUGGAUUAAUUUGAUACCCUCAAAUGCUUGGGCUUCAAAAAUUAUUUUGUGCCAACUGCUAAGGCCGAGUAAAUGACAAUAUUUCCAAUUCUAUGAUAAAGGCAUUAUGAUGUGGUUUAUUCACCAAUAAGACUUCUGACUUUGUAACCAUCAUUUGUCAAGUAUUUAUUGUUUUUGCCACAUGAACAAAUCACUUGUUGGCAUUUUAAUUAUAAGCUUUUCAAUUGUAUCUACAAACUGACAUUUGUUUCAAGAAUUUCUUAAACAUUCCAGCUUUAAAGCUAUACCAGUAGGGGAGUAGUUCUCAGACACUUUUAGAAGUUUUAUCGAUAAAGUAUCCUUAUUUUAAAAGAUGAUAUGAUAUUCCAAUGUUUAUAACAAACUUCAGCUCUUCUUCUGUUGAAAUAAUGCAAAAUUAAGUGAAAUUGAACAAUAUAAGUCCGUUCUCAUAGGCUUCGAAUGUGGUGCUCAAAAGGGGUUAAAUUUUAGUUCGACAGAAGUAGUUCUUGGACACUCCCUUAAAUGAUCAACAAAACCGGAAACAUGUGAUUUUUUUUAUUUAAAAUAUUUAAAAGUGGAAUUUUCAAACCAGUAGGUAAUAUAUAUCUUAUUAUUUUUCAUUAAAAACUAAUCUACUUGUACAUAUAUACAUAGACCAUGAAGCUCAUAAAAAUGAAAUAUUUUUUAGCACAUGUGUAAUGUAAACACCUGACUUAACAUGAAUAUUUUCAUAAAUGCAGAAUAUCGUCUGCGUAAAAAAAGGAAGUUUACCGAACUAAUCGUUUAACCUAACUGUUGCCCGUAUUUUAAGUUGUGCUUUUUGCGCAUGCGCACUAAAAUUAUGAUUCCUAGCGGAGGUAAAAUGUGAUUUUGUAAACAACUGGAAACUUUUGGAAUUUAACGUCCUAUAAUCCUUAUCAAUGAAAAGAUUUGGUACCUUCUGAAAUUUUUUAAACACUUGAUUGAUUUAAAUCAGGUGCUUGAUAUGUAACUUCCAAAAUGAGGCAAAAAUCACGAGUGUCGGAGAACUACUAGUGUCCGAGAACUACUCGCCUACUGGUAAUUGUUUCUGUAGAAAGGUAAUGAUGAACUUAGAUUGAAGUAACUUUUUAUUAACAUACAUUGGGCUGAUUGUUCAGAACUUUAUUAAAGUUAACAGUGUUGUUGUUGACUUUAAAAGGGGAUACAUUUUUUUUUAUGUUCUCAUAUAUAGAUGAAACAAGCAUAGCUGAUUCAGAUAUCUCAAUAUUUGUGACAAGUACCUUAGAUCACUUGUGUGUCCAUGAAACCUUUAGAGUAUCACAGAUUUGAAAGUUAACAACGAUCCUGUCAACAAUGUUGUUAACUUAAGCCCAUUGUAUAAGGCAUUGUAUAACUGAUAAUAAACACGAGGAUUUUGUAAAAAUCAAAGGCCAAAGCAAGAAAUGUCGAAUAUGAACAAACAUGUAUAUUUCUUUGUCCUUUUAUAUUUUUGCUUUGUUUUCUUUACAGUUCAACUUUAUUUUAUUAUUUUUUCAUACAAAUGAAAUAUAUGAAAUAUAAAGUGUGCAAUAGAAAUAUAGAUUAUAACCGUGCUAUUUUGUUUAAUAGUUUUGGGGCAGUAUUCAUGCAGAAACAAUGAAUAUAUAACCCAUUUACUUUUCAUCAAAUUUAGUCAUAUGUUCUAGCGAGGGAAAACUCCUAUACUUUUCAUAAGAUUAGUCAUAUGUACUGGUAAGGGGCCUCUUUUUGUUCUUUUGAAUAACUAGAAAAAUACUUUGAGAUUGUGUGAAAUUUCACGGGUAGAAAGUAAGGCCCCUGAUCUAAAUUCUGUUUUAAAUGAUGUUAUAAAUAAUAUGUGCUUAUAAUGAGUAUCAUCGUACAGUGGAAACUUACUAAACCGGAUCUCCACAAGACCGGAAUCCUCGGGAUACCGGACUUUUUUUCAGAGUCCCGGUUUUCCCCUUCUAUUUUCAAUGUAAAAUAAUCCCUACAAAACCAGAACCUCGGAAUUCCGGAUACCGGACAAAAUAUCGAGAACAUUUGUUAGUUGUCAACAUAAUUUUACCUCACAAAACUGGACGUACAUUUGUUCAAACAUGUCAAAAUGAUUUUGUGUAUUAGGAAUUCGUGAGUCGCGUGUCACUUUGUUUUGACAGCCGGUGCGUCGUUAAAUAUUGCACCUGUGAUGUUGUGUUAACUCGAUAAUCGAUAAUGAUGAUUGCACUGUGGAUUGACUGCCGCGUGAUAAUCAAACGAUAAUCAAACUUGUGAAAAGAAAAUUGAUUGAAACAUUAAUUUGUUUGUUACUUAACAGGCAUUAAAUUACGCGAGUUGUUUCAUUUUAAGACUUGGAAAAAAGAUGAUUAUAAAAAUGCAGAAAUGUUUAAUUAUGUUUAUCACUUUCGCAUGUGCUUGAAUCAUGUCUCAACCUCUGUCUAAACAUCAACUUCCCUUUAAUGGUUAACUCAGUUAAUAUUUUGAGUAAACUUACUCCUUACAUCAAAUCCUCACUAAACCGGAAAUUUUGCCCAGUCCGGACAUUGUCUGGUUUAGUGAGUUUCCUCUGUAAAACCAAAUUGGCAAACCAGACAUACUCGCUAGAAUCCACUGUAACAUCAUACUGUACCAAUAACAUGCCCCCUUUACAUUUAAAAACAUUUAAAAAAAAUAAUCCUUAUUGACAACAAAAUAUUUUAUUUGUUUUAUUUUCUAUAAAUUUUGAAUAUGUUGCAUUAUUUAAACGAGGAUUUUCCAUUUUCUCGAGUGGUAGAAAUAUUAAUCCCCCACUGGCAGGAAAAUGAUGCAACCUGGUGCAAUUUCAACAUGUAUUGCUGACAAAUAGCUCAUUUUAAGAGAUUAAUAUUAAUUUUCUCAUUUUAAAGCUAUAUUUCACCACAAAUUAUCAUUUGUAUGGUACAUAAUCAGAAUGGAAUUUGCUAAUCAACGGUUUUACAGGGUUGGCGAAUAAUUGGUACAGGCGAGAAAGUGCUCCCUAACCCGUAUUUAUUAUUAAGGCUAUUUAUAUAUAUUCAUUUCUUAAAUGUACAACCACUGGAAGUUUUCUUUAAAUUCAACUUAGAAAUAAGGUGGAAGUUUUCAAAUUUAAUAAAAGUCUUUAUGGGUCCGGCCCCUGUUUUAUAUAUAUAUAUAUAUAUAUACUAGAAUUGUGUGUUUUCUAUAUUUGAACUUGCUGCAAUUAUAUAUCACAAAUACAUGUAUAUGUUGGUUUUUUUAUUAAUCAAUUGAUUGCUAGUAUUACUUAACAGUUAAAGAAUACUCAUUUUAUAUUUUCUGCUGUUAAACAUUUUUUUAAGAAUUGGAGUGAAACUGAGGAUUAUAGAAUAUGUUACUGGUUCUUCCCUGAAUCUCCAGUACGUUUGUUUUAAGUUUGGUUUCAAUUCCCACUCUGUGAGUUUCUAAAUGUAUUAAAAUAUACUCCUAUUCCCUGCAGUUGAUAAGCCUAAGCGAUACUGCAUUGUGAAACAUAAGAGAAAUAAGUCAUACAGCAUCUUCAAUUUUGGUCAUUGGCAACGUUGUAUGCAUGUAAAUUCCCACUCUGUGAGUUUCUAAAUGUAUUAAAAUAUUCUCCUGUUCAAUGCAAUUGGAGCUGAAUGCGAUAAUGCAUUGUGAAACAUAAGAGAAAUCAGUCAUAGAGCAUCUUCUAUUUUUGUCAGAGAAUUGACGUCACUGGCAACGUUGUAUGCAUAUGUGAAUUCCCACUCAAUUAUUCUCUGGUUCCAUGCAAUUGAAAAGCCGAACGCGAUUAUGCAUUGUGAAACAUAAAAGAAAUAAGUAAUACAUCAUCCUCUGUUUUGGUCAGAGCAUUGGCGUCGCUGGCAACAUGGUAUGAUUAUGUGAAGCAUAAGUCCCUUCACUCUGGCUAAAAUACAGUUGAGACAUGCUAAAAGAUAGUAUGAGAAAUAUGGACAAGCAUUGCGUCCUGCUUGUGUUGUUUUUUGUUUUAAUAUGUUUUAGUAAAAUAUGCAGAUUCAGUUCCUUGUCACUCUUCCAUUUAGUGUGUGUCUGUGAUUAUUUAAUGGUUGUCAGCUAUGUGUGGCAACAUUUCGCUUAUCCAGUAGGAUACACAAUUAUAACAAUACACCAAAACUGUUUCUGAACCUAUAAAGUGUUUUUCCACGCCCGUGGUGCUGUGCUGAAGGCUUAAACCAAGGAUUUAGGCAAACCGCAAUUUGUUGUCUUACCCCAUCCACCAAGCAGGGAGAUUGACAAAAAAUUGUGUCAAUUAAUUUGCCAAAUGGGCUUAUCAGUAUUUUUUAUUUCAUAUUUGUUAAGGCCAUUCUGACUUUCAAUGGGCAGUUUGUAAAGAUCCCUGUCAUUGGAGUAGAUCCAAAGAAAAAAAGACUGGAGGUAAAAUCCAGCCAAGUUUAUAAACAUUUUGGUAUUUUUUUUCAGGAAUCACCUGUUGUCUACAGUCAAACUCCUGAUUGUCCCCAACUCUCUGUAGGGCAAAAACAUUGUAAAGGGCUUGCAUUAAGGCACCAACCUUGUUUUUCUGUUUAACAAUUGCCUCAGCGAAAUAAGUGUUAUUUUUGUUUACCUAUUUAACAGGCAAAUGUUUUUUUUCAAGAGCAUCUUCCAUUGUGAGUGAUAUAUGUUAGCUAUUAUUUCUUUAUUUUAAGUGCUUAUAAUUAUAUUUAUGUAUUAAGGUUUAACAAAUGAAAAAUAAAGUAUAAAACAUGA